GAAAGCCUUAACGUGGCCAUCAUUAGCAGAUACAAUCGUUACAAGCAAUUUAAGUCAAAUUUGAAUUCACACCGAGCGAAAAAAAAAAGAAAGAAAAGAAACGGAAAUGUUAAGUUUAAUUACUUUGUUGGUUCUUAUCUCUGCGGUGCGUAUUCAUGGCCAGAGAGAAACAUCAAACCAGGAGGUAACUUAUAAAAUUAAUUGGUUACCCGUGUGGGAUGAUAUUGGAGGGAACGGUGGAGGCCUUGGCAGACAUCAUUCAGAGAAGGAUAUAUGCGCCUCAUCCAUAGACGGAGGUUUGAAAAAGCACAUACAACAAGCUAAGGCUUUAUUGCCUUUGGAUAAAAUCAAAGAAUUAAUCGAUGGAGCAGCUAAUGAUCCUGAAAUGAUCGCCUUACAAAAACUACGUAAGUCGCCUGAGUUUCGUAACAAAUUGCAAGCGUUACGAUCCUCCCAGGAAUAUCAACGUAUUAAGGAUUACAUCUGUCAAAUCUUACAUCUUGAUUUGAUUUAUUACAAGCAAUUUUUGUCAAUAUUCUUAUUGCCUUCUGCUGCUAACGUGGUCAAAGCUGAUGGAGAGCAAUCCUCCAAAGGGGGUAUAUAUGAUGUCAUCACGAAAAUCUAUAACAUACUUCCACGUCAAGAGUUAAUUGAUUUAUAUCAGAGACUUUUGAAAACAGAUCCCGAAUUCGCUAAAUCAAUCGAUAACAUAAAAUCUUCCGAAUUCCUUCAAUUAAUAGAAAAUCUAAAGAUUAAUGUUAAGGAGUAUAAGGAAUUGCGUCAGCAGUUAACGAACAUCGGUGUACCAAUAGACACAGUCCAAAGAUUUAUACGUACAAUUUUGGGAUGGGACCUGGACUCGAUCAUAUUUUAAAGGCGAACAAGGAAAGAAUUAUAAUAAAUACGUAUGUGAAAGUAUUUGAAGGAAAUUUUUUUAUAUGUUUUUCUACCCUCUGGCUUAUGCAAAGUUAUUAUAAAAAAUACGCUAAGUUACUUAGAGCUAAGACACUGGACAUACAAUAAAGAAGAUACAAGCAUUUAA